AUGGAUGCCGAUGUCGAUGCGAACGAUAUCGAUGAUGAUGAUGAUGACGACGAUGCUGGCAUAUUCAGCAUCACCAAAGACUUCCACAGUGAGGACGAUGACGCCCUCGCUGGUAAAGAAAACGUUCUUCCAGCAGUGCACACGAAGCGAACUGCUGUUGACAAGGAUGAAUAA